CUCUGUUUUGGUAAACCACUUCCUCGAUAGUCUUCUUCUACAAAUCUAACUUCACUUCCUUCAAACCAAAACAUAAAAUAAAAUCUCGAGAACCCUUUUCUUCUUCGUUCCAUUUCUCUUCGAUUCGCGUCUCAAUUUUCAUUCUUUUCUUUGUGCUUUGUUUCUCCAAAUUUAAUGAAGAGGUCUCCAACUUGUACCUCUGUCGCCGCUUCUUCUUCCUCCUCUUCCUCCGUCUCUUCCUCUUCAUCCGACCCUCCAAUUCCACCGGAGGCUCCGAGGCCGAAACGUACGAAGAGAACGAAGAAGUCUUCCUCUUCUUCUUUGACGACGUCCAUUGAUGAGAAAACCCAGAAUCCGACAAGCCCUGGCUCGGGAAGAAGAAGCUCGAUUUACAGAGGAGUCACAAGACAUCGAUGGACUGGGAGAUUCGAAGCUCAUCUAUGGGACAAGAGCUCUUGGAACUCAAUCCAGAACAAGAAAGGCAAACAAGUUUAUCUUGGGGCCUACGACAGCGAAGAAGCUGCGGCUCGUACUUACGAUCUCGCGGCGCUCAAGUACUGGGGACCCGACACCAUCUUGAAUUUUCCGAUCGGAACGUAUACGAAGGAAUUGGAGGAGAUGAACAGAGUGACAAAAGAAGAGUACUUGGCGUCGCUUCGGCGUCAGAGCAGCGGCUUCUCUCGUGGCGUGUCCAAGUAUCGCGGCGUCGCUAGGCAUCAUCAUAACGGACGAUGGGAGGCACGGAUUGGGAGAGUGUUCGGCAACAAGUACUUGUACCUCGGCACUUAUAGUACGUACCCCUCCCCCCCUAAUUUUCCUCUUAUUUUGCACGCACUUUGAUACUUUGCCCUCAAAAGUAAACCCAAUCAAAUCAAACCGUCCGUUAUUUUCAACCUUUUAUUUAAAAAAAUAUAAUUUGAGCUUAAUUAGUUAAUUUAUGACAACUUAGGGUUUAUUUGUUAUCUUUUAGGCAUUGAGACUGUUAUUGUUAUAUUCGUGCUUAGAAAAACACAAAAAAAAAAACAGAAAAAAACAUGUAAAUCCAAAAAUAAAUGUGACAGUUUUAUAAAAUUCGUGAAAGUUCGUUGAUGUUUGACAAAAUGCCCAUGAAAUCUCUACUACUCAAUUAUAAAACCUCUUUUAUUAGGGCAAAAUAUUGUAAAAAGCCAUAUCAGUUUGAUACAAAAAAGAGAAAGUAAUGAAAAAAUAAAUGUCAACAAAAAAUUAGAAAAGGGGGAAAAGAAUGGUGCCUUUGAAUCACACCCACGUGAGUCGAAGGAUUUGACAUCAUGUCACCGAUAGAAAUUGUUAAUAUUUGAAUAAAUUUAAUAAAGUUUUUUAUUAUUAUUUGAUUUAUAAAAGAUUUGCCUUUCUGUUGUGUGUUUUUUGGAUCCGAUCCCUCGAAUAGAAAAUUUGAAUAACACUGCAUUAGGAAUAUUUACGACUUUUCAUUCGAAAAGUUACCAUUAAUAAUUGAUUUUGUACUGUUUUUAGGUCGUACGUAUAUUACUAUUACUAUUAUAAUUAUUAUUAUUAUGCACCAAUCUUCGACAAACCAGCACAGCAUACAGAAAUUACUUAUUCAUUUGUUUUAAAAACUCAGCAUACCCAAUUUCAUGAAAAAAUGUAAAAAAAAAUUCUUUUUGGAUAUACUUGGAAAAAAUUAGUGAUUUGAUCCUUUUGGGAAAAAAGUAGUCAUUCUGCUUAUUAAUUUUAAUUUGGAAAAUUUUGAUGAUUUUAUUAACAAAACUUUAGAUUAGUUCCCACAUUAGGACAAUCUAAAAAAUUAUUUUUCCUAAAUAACAUGAGUGAUGAAAAAAACUCAACUUAUGGGCUCAUUGAAACCAUCAUUUUCGGAUUAAUAUAAACAUGCCUUGGUAUCACUUUAGAAUUAGAAUUCAAGCUAUUUAGGAUGUAAAACGGGUUGGAUUGUUCUAUUUAAAUCGA